UAUCUUUAUAUUCGCUCUUUCCCUACUUUUUCUUCCCUUAACACCCAUGUCUUUUAUAAACUUUUUCACGUGGCGCUUGUUUUUAUGCACGAAUACAGACACCCAAUGUUGGUAAUAGUAAAAUUAAUACCCUUUUUAGCAGUCUUUUUCACCGAAAACAAGUUGCACACCAUGUCGGGAGUGUACAAUACGUCGUACAAUAUUCUAGGAAACCACUUCACACCGACCUGAAUUUCUAUUCGAACAGUACCUUUACCGACGGCACUAACUUCAUCACCGUUUCCGACCUUGAUUAUCACCGGUUCUUCGAAUGAUUCAAAAUCAUCAAAAAUGCCCAUGCUGUUGGUCAUGUGGUCCGACGCUCCAGAAUCGAUGAUCCAUUCAUCCUUGAUAACUGGCCAAAUAUUGUUGCCCCAAAUGCUAACACACUGGAUUGCGAUUUUUCACCUCUCCCUUUUCCUUUAGGACAGUUUUUGUACACGUGCCGUUUGGAACCACAUCCGAAACACUCUGGACAAUCUUUUCGUAUAUGAUCCUUUUUACCAUACGUAUAGCAACCCGUUGCACCCUUCGAUACAUGUUUUUGUUUCGAAUUUUGAGUCACUUCAAAUUUAGAAAACAAAGCCACACUUUUGUCUACUUCUUCAGUUGUUUUCAUCAGUAGUCUUUACUCUUCAGUGAGAAAACGUGUUGUUAAAUUUUCAAAUGUUUUCUGAGCUGCAUUAGUAGAGUCCUACAUACUGUAUCAACAGUAUUCUUGUAAGCAACAGAGUCCGGUAUCGAUCCACCCAAUUUUUUCAUACGAUUUGCCUUUUGUUUCAGUUUUGCCACAUGGUCAACAACAGAUAGAGAUUCGUCCCACUUGAAGUCAAAAAACUGCUUCUGUAACAGCGACAACGUUUCGUCGGAUUUCAAAUCAUAAAUUGCAUGUAACUUCUGUCACAUUUCAAAAGCGGUGUCGUAAUUGAUGAGAAACUGUACUGGUUUGGCUUCCAUGGUUGUUGUAAAUAAUUUUCUUGUAGUUCUAUGUGCUCUUAAUCAGCCCUCCAAAGCAUCACUGAUAUUUUCCCCUUCAUUUGAAGUCGGCUUUGUUUCGGUUCCAUCACAUACUCCCAAGAAGAUUGUCGAGCUAAUAGAAGAAAGGUAGAAAUCCAAAAACAGGACAGACGAAGAAGGGCAAAAAAGAUAUAAGACGAUAAAGUAGAAGUGUAGGGCAACUAAGGAACAGUGGAUUGACAUGAGGUGUAAAGAAGUAGAAGAAAAAUCUGAACUCUCUUAUACUGAAAGUGCUGGAGGAAAACAAGAAGUUCAUUGUAUUUGCCCAUCACCAAAACAUGUUGGACGCUAUACAAAUGGUUUUAUACCAGAAUUCUAAAAAAUUCAUUCGUAUAGAUGGUAGUACAACUUCCGAACAACGAAAAUAUUUCGUUGAUAGUUUUCAGUAUGACGAUACUUAUGUUUGUGCCAUUCUUUCAAUAACUGCUGCCAACGCUGGUAUAACACUGACAGCAGCCAAGCUUGUAAUCUUUGCAGAACUACAUUGGAACCCAAGUAUUUUAAGUCAAGCCGAAAGCAGGGCGCAUCGAAUAGGACAAGAACAAGAAGUUAUUGUACAGUACCUAUUGGCACCUGGUACAGCUGACGAUUAUAUUUGGCCUCUCCUACAGAAUAAGCAAAAGACUCUUAACGAAGUUGGCCUCUAUAGAGAUUCAUUUGAAGAUGCAUUUGUUGUAAAACAAGAUUUGAACAAGAAACAGGAAUGUCUUGAAAAACACAAAUAUUUGGGAAACGUAGAUAUUUAUGAGAAACCUAAUCCAAUAUUAACUGUAAGUGAUGGUAUUGAACUGAAUGCUGCCAACGACUGCAAACAAGACGUUAAUAUGGAAAAUAAUUUACUAAAUGAUGAUUAUGAUGAUGCGUUGAGUGAAUUAAAUUUAAUAUAAACUUCCGACA